AUGUUAGGGAUCAUCGGUGCAACGUCUAUUGCUGUACCACGAGCAGAUGUUGGAUACUGCAUCCAUACGCUUUCCAGGAGAUUAACAAAGACCAAGAAUUGGAUUGUGGCGGUGAAGACCUUGAUGGUUUUACAUAGGAUUUUGAGAGAGGGCGAUCCUAGUUUUAGAGAAGAGUUACUGGUUCAUUCUCGCAGAAGGAAACUUUUCCAGAUUCCGGAAUUCAGAGAUGAAUCUAGCCAGCUUGCUUGUGAUUGUUCUUCGUGGAUACGAAACUAUGCUACGUAUCUUGAAGAACGAUUAGAGUGUUACAGAGUUUUGGGAUUUGACAUUGAGACAGAACGUUUCACAAUAGCGCCAGGAUCAGGCAAGGCUUAUAGUAGAACUCGGGUCAUGCACAUUGACGAGCUACUUGAUCAGCUACCUGCUAUGCAACAACUUCUCCAUCGUCUCAUAGCUUGUCAGCCCGAGGGAGUAGCAUACAUUAAUAGUCUUAUACAACAUGCCUUGACUCUAGUACUCAAGGAAAGUCUGAAGAUCUAUUCUGUGAUCAAUGAUGGCAUAAUCAAACUUGUUGAUGCGUUCUUCGAUCUGUCAAAAGAUGAUGCCGUUAAUGCUUUAAACAUCUACAAAAAAGCCGGAAAACAGACUGAACAGCUUAUAGAGUUCUACAAUCUCGGGAAACAUCUGCGUGCUGCUAUGAACAUCCAGUUUCCAUCAUUGACUCAGCCUCCACCUUCGUUUCUUGUAACUAUGGAGGAACAUAUACAAGGAGCUUCUUCGAAUAGUUCUGUUUUAAAUAUCAACCUGGAGCAUCAAGAUAUGAAUGAGCAAUCUCCACGAGAAAUCAAAGAAGUCGAAAACAAAGAGGCCUUACAAGAUCACGGACCCGAAUCAAAGCUUACGAAAGAGGUAGAAGAAGUCGAAAACAAAGAGGCCUUACAAGAUCAAGGACCCGUAUUAAAACCUAUAAAAGAGGUAGAAGAAGUUCUACCACUCAUCAGCAUUGAUAAUACAGAUUGUCCAGAUUUGAAAGAAACAACCUCAAAAUUUGCAGAAUUAGACGUUAGUGAAGCUCUUCCCAUCAUUAAGGCAGGUAAAAUGUUUGAAAAAACAUCAAACUGUUGGGAGCUUGCGGUUGUUACCUCAUCAAGUAACACCAAUAACAAUGCCAAUGCCCUACCACAGGGCAAACUGGGUGGUGGAUUUGACAAGAUGAUACUCUACAGUUUAUAUGAAGAUAACAUUGCAAAGAAACAUAUACAAAAUCAAUACGGUUUGCAAUAUGACCCCUAUCAUUGCCACCACCAUCUAUUACCAAACCAAGCCCAGUUUGUGUCUGGUGGAGUGGCUCCACCACUCGCUAUACAGACAACCAUUAUGCACCAACAGACGCAACAACAACAACAUAUGAUGAACCAACAACCAUGUCACCAACAAUAUCAGCGCUGGUAUCAACAACAAAAUAUAUGCAUAACAUACAAUCAUCAACGAUCAUCAAACCAGUAUCUACAACGACAGGUGAUGGAUCCAAAACCGUACGUGUUUGGGGAUGGAAUUAAUAAUCUACAGAGUAAUCAUGGAUUAAUAUAGACUGGACAUAUAUGAUGUCCAUUCGUAUAGUGUAACUAUAAGUAGAUUAAAGGAACUCUGACUUAUAAAAAAAGAUUAGAAAAACUUCAUUAGAUAGAUAUAUGUUUGUAAGUAAUACUAGAAAAUU